AUGGAUCAACGUUUUUCCUAUAACAUAUCUUUGUCAGGAGAAAAUGAUAUCAAUGUUCUGAUGCCUAGAACUCUUUUCAGAUUCAUCAUCAGAGUUUUUUAUGAAAACACUUUAGUUCCAGAACUAGGUCGCUCUUCUACUCUUAUAUCGAGCCAAACCUUUUUUCAAGAAGGUCCAGAUUUCUUGCAAACAUUGUUAUGGCCACUGUCAUCAUCGCUCACACCUUUUGGCACUGACAUCAUUGAAACAAUAGUAAACGUGAUAGUUGAUGAAAUUCUAGAUAUCUUUCAAAUUGAUGAUGUUGUUGCUUCUUCUUCGGAAUCUCAACCCCAAGAAGUUCCUCUAUGGAUUGUGAUCAAUAUUGCUGAUAACAGCAUGCAUGCAGCAACACAAGAUCUUUUAAGAACGGUUUCAGCAUCCGAAGAAGCAAUUGACACGUUGUUGAAAAAAUCUACUGUGUUACAGGCUGAGUGUUGUUGUUGCAUAUGCUUGGAUGAAUUCCAUCUCAAUGCCGAGUGCUACACACUUACAUGUCAACACUUCUUUCAUAAAAAAUGUAUUACUCGCUGGCUACACACUAGUCAGACCUGUCCCAUGUGUCGCCAACCUCUACGAACCCCAAAUGACUAG